GAAAUGCAAAUUUCCGCAAGAGUUCGCGGGCUCGGAACAAAAAUGGCGCUGCCGGAGCGGGAGAACCGUUAGGCGGGGGAGUGAUGGCGAGCGUGGAUCACAAGUCGCCGAACCUGCUGCUGCAGAGCCUGUGUUGCCGGAUCCUUGGCCGCAACGAGGCUGAUGUGGCUCAACAGUUUCAGUAUGCUGUGCGAGUUAUUGGAAGCAAUUUUGCUCCCACUGUGGAACGGGAUGAAUUUCUUGUGGCUGAAAAAAUCAAGAAAGAAAUGGUGAGGCAGAGAAGGGAGACCGAUGCAGCUUUAUUUUCAGAACUUCACCGUAAGCUGCAAUCGCAGGGUAUAAUCAAAAACAGAUGGGCUGUACUCUAUCUCCUGCUCAGCCUCAGCGAGGAUCCACGUAAACCCCUGAGCAAGGUUGCUAAUUAUGCAGCAUUAUUUGCUCAAGCAUUGCCAAGGGAUGCACAUUCUACUCCUUACUACUACUCCAGACCACAGUCUCUCCCUUUAACUUAUUCUGACAGGGCUCCUUCGUCUCAAAGUGCUGGGAGCAUGGGAAGUAGUGGAGUUGGUAGCAUUAGUGUAUAUGGGGUAAAUGGACCAACUCCAACCCCUCAGUCCUUAUUACCAGGACAAACAUACCAAUCUACAGCAACAGCAGAUACAAUGAGGCAGCAGUUAGGAUCACGGCUUGCCUGGGCAUUGUCUGCUGCUCAACCUUCAUCGUUACCUACCUCAAAAGGCCUUCCUGGCUCUAUCUCUCGCAAUAUGUCGAGACUGAGACGCGAAGGUGAUCUUGCCUCAUCUGCAGAAGUUACAGAGGUCGCACUGGUCAGAGAUAUUCUUUAUGUCUUCCAGGGAAUUGACGGCAAAUAUAUCAAAAUGUGUAAUUCUGAAAACUGCUAUAAAAUUGAUUCCAAGUUGGGAAUAUCAAAAUCUCUGAGAGAUAUAGUGAGUAGAUUAUCAGAGCUUGGAUGGCUUCAUAAUAAAAUAAGAAAAUAUACAGAUCAAAGAUGCUUAGAUCGUGCCUUUGGCCUUGUGGGGCAGAGUUUUUGUGCUUCCUUGCAUCAGGAACUAAAAGAAUAUUACAGGUUACUUUCUGUUUUACAUUCCCAGAUACAAGUGGAAGAUGACCAAGGUGUGAAUGUUGGAUUGGAAAGCAGCCUAACAUUACGACGCCUACUUAUCUGGACUUAUGAUCCUAAGAUUAGACUCAAGACACUUGCGGCACUUGUUGAUCACUGCCAAGGGAGGAAAGGUGGAGAAUUGGCAUCUGCUGUCCAUGCUUAUACUAAAACUGGAGACCCAUACAUGAGAUCAUUGGUGCAGCAUAUUUUAAGUUUGGUUUCACAUCCUAUACUUAAUUUCCUCUACCGCUGGAUUUAUGACGGCGAGCUGGAAGACACGUACCAUGAGUUUUUUGUAGCUUCUGAUCCAACAGUGAAGGCUGACAGAUUAUGGCAUGACAAGUACACUCUGAGAAAGUCGAUGAUCCCAUCCUUCAUCACAAUGGAUAAGGCCAGAAAGGUGCUUUUGAUUGGGAAAUCCAUAAAUUUCUUGCAUCAAGUAUGUCAUGAUCAAACUCCAACUGCAAAGAUGAUGGCUGUGGCAAAAUCGUCCGUUUCACCAAAAGAUGCUGCUGAGCUGUUCACUGACUUGGAAGGUGCUUUUCAAGAAAAAAUCGAUGCUGCGUAUCAUGAGACCAGCAAAUACUUGCUUGAUGUUCUCAACCAGAAUUAUAAUUUACUGGAGCACAUUAAGGCUGUGCGGCGUUACUUGCUCCUGGGUCAAGGGGAUUUUGUUCGUCAUCUCAUGGACUUGUUGAAGCCCGAAUUGGCGAGAUCAGCUUCAACGUUGUAUCAACAUAAUCUGACUGGAAUCCUUGAAACAGCAGUCAGAGCCACUAAUGCACAGUUCGAUAAUCCCGAGAUCCUCAAACGUCUGGAUGUUAGACUCUUGGAGAUAUCGGCUGGAGAUACAGGCUGGGAUGUCUUUAGUUUGGAUUAUCAUGUUGAUGGCCCAAUUGCAACAGUGUUCACCCGCGAAUGUAUGAAUCAUUAUUUAAGGGUAUUCAACUUUCUCUGGAGAGCCAAACGAAUGGAGUAUGUUCUCACCGAUAUCUGGAAAGGACAAAUGUGUAAUGCCAAAUUGCUUAAAAAAAUACCAGAGUUAUCAGGAGUGCUUCACCAGUGUCACUUUCUGGCAUCAGAAAUGGUGCACUUUGUACAUCAAAUGCAGUACUACAUCACUUUUGAGGUGUUAGAAUGUUCCUGGGAUGAGCUGUGGAAUAAGAUGCAGCAAGCACAGGAUCUUGAUCACAUCACUGCUGCUCAUGAAGCUUUCCUUGACACAAUAGUAUCCCAAUGUCUGUUGGACAGCAAAUCUGAAGAGCUCUUAACUCAGCUUCGUGCAUUGUUUGAUCGAAUCCUGGAGUUCCAGAGUGCACAAGAGUCCAUGUAUCACUCGGCCCUUGAGGAGUUGCAUCAGCGGCUGAAAUACGCAGAGCUAAAGAAGGAAAGACAGGCAGAGGGCAAAUGGGGGACAACAACAGCUGAUGAAGAUGCGGAAAAUAAGAGAAUUCAUGAAUUCCAGCAGCUAAUUCCGAAGAUGUGUUCCCAAAUACGUGUGUGCUCGCAUUUUUACCAGGAUAUUGUUCGACAAUUCCUGGUACUAUUGACAAAAAGUCCCGACGAAAGUCUCCGUUUCCUUAACUUCAGACUGGACUUCAAUGAACAUUAUAAAGCAAGGGAUCCACGGCUGCGCACUUCACUGGGCGGCACCAGGGGCAAACGCAACUCAGCAAUGUAAGCUAUUGUCCAGAGAUGUUUCUAUGAGGGCUAGUUACAUUUGCCUUGGGUUUCUGCUCUUCCUGCUGCCCUGGCAAUUCUAACGUGCGUGUUGGUUGCCAGUGAUAUGUUGCAUCACUGGAAGGUGAGACAAGUAAUCAUCGGUCACUGAUAAAUGUUUAAUCUCAAAGAGAAUUGUAUUCCACAUCACAAUGUAAUUUAUUUAUAAUCCGUGAAUGUUCUGUUUGUGAAUUAAACUGGUUUUUGUUGCAAUUAUCGUUUUUUUAGCUUUAAUUGCAGCUUUGUUGGAACUAUGCCGUCAAUUCAAAACUCACAUUUUAUUUUACUGAUGUCAAAAUGUUUUAAACAGCUUUUUAAAAAAAUGUUCAAGAACAAACUUUUUUAAUAGAGAAUCACUCAUUUUCAUGUUGCAGCCUUGGCGCAGUUGAAAUCAUUUUAAGAACGACAUAACAUUAAACAUUUUUUUAGCAUUA